GGCGCAAAUCUCGGAAAGAAUCGAGCAACGUAUAAAAGCAUUGUUGGUUCACGGACAGGUGACGCAGAGACACUAAUUUAACUCCUCGAAUCGCGUCGAUCCCGGCGCACAUCGAUGAUGCCGCGACCCUCGCGCGAUACUUACGGUGAUCAGAAACCGCCGUACUCAUAUAUAUCGUUAACGGCGAUGGCGAUAUGGUCGUCGAGGGACAAGAUGCUGCCGCUUGCCGAGAUUUACAAAUUCAUCGCCGACCGCUUCCCGUACUACAGAAAGGACACGCGACGGUGGCAGAAUUCUUUAAGGCACAAUUUGUCCUUCAACGAUUGCUUCAUCAAGGUGCCGCGUGGUCCGCAUCGGCCGGGAAAGGGGGCCUACUGGGCGCUGCAUCCCGCCGCAUUGUCCAUGUUCGAGAACGGUUCGCUCCUCCGCCGACGGAAACGAUUCAAGCUGCACAAGCCGGAUAAAGAGCUGCUCAAGUCCGAGUUGCAGGCCCUCGCCUCGGCGAUGCCGCCGCCGUUGCCGCCGCCGCCACCGCCGCCGCCGCAGCCGCAACCGCAGUCCCACGCGGAACCGGUCGGGUCGACCGGCGGGAUCGAUACCGGCGCGACUUGCCCCAGCAACGGUCUCAGUCUGGCGAAUCUCCAUCGUCUACGGGACGAUCUCCUUCGUUGGGAGAUGCAGGAGAGGCGGAUGAUGGUCGCGAAUCACAGUGAUUUCGCCGGCGCGGCCAGCUUCGGCCGAUUCGACGGCACGUCCGGUCUGCCGGCCGGACCGGCCGCGCCGGAAGCUGUCACCGCCGGCUACUACUUGCUGUCACCCGAGGUCAGGCAGAGACUGACGGGCGGCGCUGACGGUGGCAAUGAGAUUCUCAGGACAUACGAGGCGGCCGCGUUGCUGCACUCUGCCGCUUCCUGGAACUUUCCCGGCUUCCCGACGGUCUCGCCGUCGUACGCGGUGUCGCAGCUACCAUACCUUCAGCAGACCACUGUCAAUAGGUCGCAGACCAUUCAUCCGGUGACGCGGGAAAUCCGGGACGAUCGCCGGGGCGACCGUACGCUGGAGAACGGACCGGUGAUUGUCGCCGCAACUGGCAGGGACAACGAGACGGUCUUUGCGGGUGAGAAUACUUACGAGAUGACCGGCUACAAUCGCGACAAACUCGCCGAGGAGGAGCCGCUUUCGUCGCCCUCGUCCUCGUCUUCGUCGUCCAGAAUGAAUCUCUAUCGAAGCGUCGCCGUGCCUACCACUGCCUCGUCACCACCGACGUCGCCGAUCUCGCCGAAUUCGCACGCGUCCAAGUCGUCCUAUCGCCACCUGUCGCCCAUCUCGAGCCUGGUGGUGGAGGUCGAACGUACCCAGUUGCCCUCCGCUCGCGAGGACCCGGUCGCGGCCACUGUCGUCCUGACUACGGCGAACACUGAAAAGAGGUUGAAGAAACCGUUCACUAUCGAGAACAUUAUCGCGCCCGACGACAACAAUGAGAGUAUCGGCGACGUCGGUGGCGUGGGUGUUAAUACCAGUGUCGGUGACGAGGAAAUCGCCUCGAGAUUGUCCGACGAGUCAAUCGCGAAAAAGUCCGCGCUUCUCGUGCCGAGACCGCUAUAUGCCGGGUACACUAUGUCGAUCGCGACCACGGGAGUUCAGAGGCCUUCGUACGGCACCGCCACUUGAACACCGCCCGUCAUUUCGAUCGGUUCGUUACAUCGGACGAUAACCGAACAAAGUUCACGAAACGUCUUAUAAUAAACGUCCGUUUCCAAGAUUCACGUCCCUUCGAUGUGUCCGCCGCGCUCUAUAGAUACAUUACGUAUCUAUCGUACGUCUGUGUAUAUACAUUGCACCUUCACUUAUCUAAUAUCCUUCAGAGAAGAGAAAGAGAGAGAAACACUUUCGUAAUUCUAACGAAGAAAAACAGUCCCUCGUUUUAGCUGUGACCGAAUUAGGCCAAAUGUUCGUGCAUAUGUAUAAAGUAGAAUGUUAUUUCUCUCUAUUACAUCAUUCAAAAAUUCUGUUACAUAAGUAAAGGCGUAAUGUAUUGUACUUAGAAAAUCUGUCAAGAAGAAUCCGCGAGAAUCUCUUCGAUUCUGAAAAGUUACUCUUUACGAUUUCUUAAAAUCGAUGUGAAACCAAUGAAACAAUGAUUAAAAAACGAGACGAUCGCGCGGAUACUUUUUUGCCUCAAUCGCGACGCGAUCGAUCGGAUGUAAUCGCUGCGAUCCUCUGUUCAAUUCGCGGCGAACGGUAGACGCGACGCAAAUAUAAGGAUACAUCGUAUAGACAACGCGUUAGAGUUCCUCAUUUCGUAAAUACCGUCUUCUUUUAUCGAGAGAUAAAAGCUUUGCUUGCUGAUAUUGGUUUUCGUCGCAGGAGUCGCUUGGUCUCGAGAAAUUUACGAGCUGUCCGGGCAGUUAACAGUUAUAGUUACUCGUAAUCUACGGCUAUUUUAUGACACGCGAAGGCGCUCAGUUGAUUAUUGUCAACCGCGAUACUCCGAAAAUAUGUAAUUAACUAAUUAGACGAUCUCUAAAUGAUUAGGCGCGGGCGCGAGGAUGAAACACCAACGUUAGAUUUAGUAUAUAAAAUUAACAAUGUAAAAUUGACUUUGCAAUACAUAUAUAUAAGGUGUAUCACAUAAAGUGUUACAAGAUGUUUUCUCGGAAACUAUUAAAGGUAGUGAAGAUAUAUUUUUUUUGCAGUUUUUAUAGUUUAUUGGGGCUUUUAAAUGACAGACCGUCGCCAAUCUCUUAAAAGCUAAAAAAAGCGAUAUUUUAUUUUUUAAAAGAAAUAUGUAAAUUUCUGCAUUUUUUAAUAGAUCUCUUUCAAUAUGACACAAUAUUUACUUAAAAUAUUUUCUUUAUAUUUUGCGUAGUUAAAAAGUUAUAAAAAAAAAUGUUUUCAAUUUGUAGAAGUUGUCAUAUUAAAAAAAGAUGAAAAAAUUAACAUACUAUUUCUUUAAAAAAAAAUUAGGUAUCACCUUUUGUAAGAGAUUGGCGGCGGUACCCUGUCUGUCAUUUAAAAGGUCCCAAACCAUAAAAAACUGCAAAAAGAAUAUCCUCGCUACCUUUAAUAGUUUCGGAGAAAACAUCUUGUAAUAUUUUAUGUGCCAUACCCUGUAUAUGAAUGCCAAAGUAUUACUUUUUUAUAUUGUAACUACGUUUAAUUGGAGUAUUUUAUACAAAAGGAACAAAGUGUCAGAUUUAAAAAAUCGAAAAAAUUUACGUAACUCUUACAUUUCAAAAACAUUUAUGUAAAAAAAUUUAUUAUACAUCUUUUAUAAUAAGUUAACAACAGGCAACAAAUAUAAUAUGUGUAGUUAUAUUCAUUUGUCUUUUUUUUUUGUAAAAAUAUAAAUAUAUAUUUAUGUGUAGAUUAAAAUACAGGGUAGGCCCAAACGUUCCGGUCAGACUUUGAGAUUUUAUAGGAAAUAUAAUUAUGAACAAAAAGUUUCUUAUAAACAUGAGUCGAAAAAUGCUUCCUUAAAAAGUUAGCGCACAAAAGUAGAGUUUCUUAAAAAUAUUCUACAAUGCUAUUUUAGUAAAAAUAUUUAAAAUAACGAUGAUUUCAGAGGUUUUUGGACGCUUUUUAAGGAAGCAGCUUUUUCGAUCCUUAUUUAUAGGAAACAUUUGUUUAUAAUUAUAUUUCCUAUAAAAUUUCAAAGUCUGACCGGAACGUUCAGACCCAUCCUAUAUAAAUAGUUUAUUAACAACACUAAAUUUUAAGCAAGACAACCAUCGGUUUGAAGAGAGAUUAAGAUUCACAUUAUUACGCCUUAAAUUAUUUUUACGAUCUGAAACCCUACAUAUUCUUCCUACAUUCUUUUUUCGAAAAAAAUUCUCCAAAAAUCUACAUUUUAAAUAUAUAUUAUCAAAAUGUAAACACGAAGGCGCUUGAUUCCUUUUAUAUAGAAAAUAUCCAAUUAAUAAAGUCUCGAUAUAAAAAUUUGUAAAAUCUGGAAUUACAUCAUUGUCCAGAUUUUCACGUGAUGUUACUAAAUGCAUGCGAUUUCUGAUUGUACCAAUUUAAUUAUUCAAAAUCUCGCGCUCCUUAAAAGAAGAGGCUGCUCGUUACAUUCGUACAUUUGCGCAUCCAUCUGUAUUCUAUAUCCACUCGAGUAAAAACGAUUUGUAAAUGUAGAAACGAUUAAUAGCGAAAUAAAUUAUUGUAUAUAUAUACGUAGAAUAAGGAUAUAUCUGCAAAUGAAAA